UUCUCUACAGUCAAGGACGCAACACGGUUUCUCUUCAGUUCAGUCUUCUACCUACUGUUCUCACAGAAAAAAUUCAAAACAAAUAGGGUUUUUUUCACGGUGUGUUGCAAAAUCAUUUGAACAAGCUGAAAUCACUCGCACCACCACUGUUAUCAAUCUGUGGAUGCACCACCAUGAAGGUGGCUCACAAGCUUCCAUUUGAGGUUGGUCAGCAGGCAGAAGCAAAGAGUUUUCAAGAGGGAUAUCGUGGAGCAUGGUUUCGGUGCAAGAUUCUAGAUUGCGGGCAGAGAGGCGCAGAACCUGCCGUUGCAUUAGAUUAUAUUGACUAUAUAAAUUAUAAAAAAUCAUGGAUUCAAUUGUAUCGUCUGUGUCCAGCUGAGAAACAUAGUGAUUUUAAAAAGAGAUACCUGAUGCUGCGUCCUAGUUAUCCUCAGAUGUACCAUCGAAGUCAAAUGCCUGAUAUAUGUGAAAUCUCAGAAUUGGUAGGAGUUGUUGAUGGUGACUGGGAACCGGGGGAUUUGGUUGAUUGGUUCAAAGAUGGUUGCUAUUGGUCUGCAUGGAUCACUGAAGUAAUAGAUGAGGAAAAUGUACAGGUUCAGUUACCGGAACCUCCCAUGGGCGAGGGUGAAGGACAAACUCACAAGGUUUCUUGCAAAGAUAUACGACCUUCUCUGGAUUGGACCCCAGAGCUUGGUUGGAUUGCGCCCAUCUCCAAGGUAGGUAAGACUUCUCGUCGCCGUGUUCGCUUGAUACAUCCUACGAGUCCAGGUAAAGUUAGAAACAAUGCCGUUGGUUCAAGUGAGACACCAUCUUAUGUUUCUGCACGUAGUUUAGCUGGCUCAGUGCCUCCAAAGUUAUCUGCAGAUUCUUCAGGAAGGGAGAAUCUGAAGCAAGUUUCAGAUAUGAAGAUCAAGAAUAGCUCACCAGAACCUCCUACUCAUUCUCUAGAAAGAGAUAUUCUGAAAAAGCAAUCAUGUAAUUUCCUAACCAAACAAAAGACUGACGCAUCAAGCAUAAAGAUUGACAGUGAUGCAGAAAAAAACAGUUUGCGGUAUAGUUCUUCAAGUGCAGACGGUGAUAAUUUUGGACCGGUUUUAUCAACAAAAGAUGUGGCUUCAGCAGAAAGGCGCAAGCUAGCCCUGCAUUCUCUAAAAAGAAAACAAAAGCAUUCAUACAAUUUGCUGGACAAACAAAAGGCUGACACAUCAAUAACCACAGAGAACGGUGCAGCAAAAACCAGUUUGUCAGAUAAUGUAUCAACUACAGAUGGUGACAAGUUUGAACCAGUUUUAGCAAGAAAAGAAGUGGCUUCAAGAGAUGUGUAUGACUAUUGUGAUUCUUCGAAGAAGAUGAGAAGAAGUGAAAUUGAAUCAAAUUCAACAUCCUCUGACACAUUGGAGUCUUGUAUUAUGGACUUGGAGGGACUGAUAAAUAGGGUCAAAUGGCUCAAAGGAGCAUUAGCUUAUGGGGUUCAGUUUUCAAGUCUUAUGCAGCCUUCAUUGACUUUUCUGGAGACUCGGCAUCCCUUGCAGGUUGAUAACACUGCUUUGGACCUGUAAGUUGAGGGUCAUUGCAGUAUGUAUAAUGUAUAAUGAAAAGUUAGUAGGAUUCCAACAUCAGAUUAGUUUUUUGACUUCUGUGUAGUUUUUAAGUUUACUGAUUGUUUUUAAGCACAUAAUGAGUCUGAAGUCUGUCACACCUGCCACAGGUGUUGGUUUGAUUUGCUGAUUUCAAAAUUAAACUCUACUUCUCUUGCUUGU